CACAUGAUAUGGAGGGGAUUGGAACACCUGAAUCACGUGAUAUGGAGGGGAUUAGAACACCUGAAUCACGUGAUAUGGAGGGGAUUGGAACACCUGAAUCACGUGAUAUGGAGGGGAUUGGAACACCUGAAUCACGUGAUAUGGAGGGGAUUGGAACACCUGAAUCACGUGAUAUGGAGGGGAUUGGAACACCUGAAUCACGUGAUAUGGAGGGGAUUGGAACACCUGAAUCCGUGAUAUGGAGGGGAUUGGAACACCUGAAUCACAUGAUAUGGAGGGGAUUGGAACACCUGAAUCGCAUGAUAUGGAGGGGAUUGGAACACCUGAAUCACAUGAUUGGGAGGGGAUUGGAGCACCUGAAUCACAUUGAUAUGGAGGGGAUUGGAACACCUGAAUCACAUGAUAUGGAGGGGAUUGGAACGCCUGAAUCACAUGAUAUGGAGGGCAUUGGAGCACCUGAAUCACAUGAUAUGGAGGGGAUAGGAACAUCUGAAUCACAUGAUAUGGAGGGGAUUGGAACACCUGAAUCACAUGAUAUGGAGGGGAUAGGAACACCUGAAUCACAUGAUUGGGAGGGGAUUGGAUCACCUGAAUCACAUGAUAUGGAGGGGAUUGGAGCACCUGAAUCACAUGAUUGGGAGGAGAUUGGAACACCUGAAUCACAUGUUAUGGAGGGGGGAUUGGAACACCUGAAUCACAUGAUAUGGAGGGGAUUGGAUCACCUGAAUCACAUGAUAUGGAGGGGAUUGGAUCACCUGAAUCGCAUGAUAUGGAGGGGA